GACAAAAAAUGGAACACACCAGCAGUGUGAGGAGACCUGAAAGUGGCACAUGGCAUGGCAGAGUGUGGCGAUGGAGACAGCAGCAAUCUGGAAGGCCGUACAGGGACCCAUGAGACACUCUCUGGACCUGGCAGCAGCAUGAGGAGGCGGAAGUAUAGGGCCCACCCCCCCACAUGGCAGAUUGGGGCCUGGCAGCAGCUACUUGAGGACCCGUAAUCGGCCAGCACCCUUUGUCAUGAAAAAAAUUGAACACACCAGCUGCUGUGUGAGGAGACCUGAAAGUGGCACAUGGCAGAGUAUGGCGAUGGCUGAACAGCAGCAAUGGGAGGUCCGUACAUUGGGACCUCAUGAGAGACUCCUGGACUUGGCAGCAGCAUGA